AAUAUUCUUUAAAGUUGAGUUUCAGUACUAAACUGUUGGGUUUCGAGUAAUCAGGGAAUUUAAUGCGCUCCUAACAGUAUAUCGAAUUUUAUCAUUUUGAGAAUCGGUCAACAAGUUGUAAAAUACAGGAGGUAAUGAAAUCAGGGAAAUUGUUUCAGCAGCAGGUGUCCGGUUCUAAAAACCGUUCUGUCUGUUGUACAAACGAAUUCACAACUUCAAAACUCAGGUGAAGAAGGUGAAAUUAUGGUCUCUUUCGAUGUAAUCCCGAUCCCUGUUCAAUACUUUUUUUUGAAAAUUGGUUAGGUAUUACUUACUCUAGAUGCAGUUGAAAACUGAAAAAUUCAACCAGCGACAAUCGAAUUUUCUCUGGUUCUAAACAAUGAAAUCACAUCGAAAGUAGUGCGCUGCAUUCGUACAACCAGAGUCAAAAAUAAUCCACGCUCAUUUUUAACGACUGAAAAUGAGCUUGAUGCGACUCGUUAUGAAUAGAAAAAGUACAGUAAUGUUUCGAUUAUAUCACGGUCGGUCUGUAUUUUAGCGUUAUAUAUUCAAAACAAAACAAACAAUUACAUUCAAACAUUAACCCAUGUAUUUCUAUAAAUAAAAAGUAAUAAAAAGAUAAAGUAAGUCAAAAAGAAUAAAUCAUAGUAUGAUAAUGAGCUUAUUUUGCCAUAUUUUUAUUGUCACACCAAAGAGAAUAGUGAAAGAGACGAAGAGUGAAAAUCAGUCAAAACGGCAACACUCCCUUUAUGAUGAUUUCAACACUAGAAUUUUGGCAACCGCUUCCACAGGCAGCACUUUACAUGACUCCUAUUAUAUUUUGAAAACAAACCGUAUGUCGAUCGUUGGAUUUGUUUAUCAAACGAUGCGCAUUUCGAAACAAAGAGAUGAAAUAAUUCUAAAGCUUGUUUUUACUCAUACAUAUACUCUAGAAUGCACCUCACAAUCACGAUUGAACCAAAUUCUGACGAAAAUUGAAAUUUAUUUUUUAAUAGAUGUACAAUACUUAUCUCCUCCAACUCAGGCAUGAGUAAUGUUUAUUUACAUUGCACGAUUGGUCUGCUUAAUAAGGUAUUUGUGGCUUCACUCUAUUCGUCUCUUUCCCUAUUCUCUUUGUGUCACACUAUCUAUUUGAAGCCGUUGGUUAGAGUAGCGCCUGCCAUCUUUGUUCAACGCAUUGUCUCAAUGGUAUGGCAUCAGCGGAUAAUUUUGGAUAUCACAUACAUUUGGAGAGGCAUCAGAUGUUGCUUCAAGCUGUUCUCAACUCCUAUUCGGCAGUUUUCACGCCGCCAUCCGCGUUACGGCUUGGUAAGGCCAAAGUGGUGUCGAAGGGGGUCAAUUGAGGUUGUCUGACGUAUUCUUGCUGGUCACAUCAUUAGCGUUUCUGCGCUAGAAACGACAGACAGCCUUAGUUGAUUAUAAGAUUAGGGACUUAUAUUUAAUGUGGUAAAUAAUGUCUUUUUCGCUUCAGAUAGUUGAUAUUCGAGCCUCCUUGAGCAUCUGACAUACGAGUUCCGAUGGAAAGUGAGGAUCCGAUAGAGAUAUUUUCUAUGAGACGGUCGACCGACGGCGUCGAUAUGCCGGAAGAGAUGAGCAGCGGGAAGCGAGUUUAACAUGAGAGAAUGAAACAACUAUUAAAAUGAAAUCUGUAAGUAGAACUAACAAAAUUCUUCAUUUCAAAAACUGUACGAGAUGGCACUGGGCCUGUGGCCUUCGACUGGUAUGGUCCAUUCUCAUUGAUUCGGAAUUCUUCUUGGCUGGUUGGUAGAUAUGUGCUCCCACUUGCAAGUUGAUCAAUUCGCUUGGUUGGGGGAAAAGGGGAUCCUACUAUUUGUCGACUCUUUUGAUCGUGGGUAUGAGGCUAGUUCAGAAAAGGAGUGCAGGACUGGCACCUAAGAGAUAGUUAAUUAUUCAGGACUUGUUCUUAUGAUUAUUAAACUCGACCAAGCACACCGGCUCUCAGAAAUGAUAAACAACCCUUUCGGGUCGAACCAGGCGGACACUUUUGUUCGAGCAAACUUUAUGGGGAAUAGUGGAAAAAUAUUUCCUAUGCCUUUAUGGGCAGAGAUUCUUUUGCGUAAUCCUAAAAUAUCUUCACUGGUCUAGCUACUCAGGAUAAUAAUAAUAGAAUGAGGGUUUGAGGGUUUGCCUGGUCCAUAAUGUAAUGAAUACGUAUAUUGACUAGAACAGGGAUAAUCGAAAUAUGUUAUAAGAUAGAGAUGAAACAGCACAGUUGUAGGAAAAGUAUCCGCGAGGACUAAUACUGCUAGUAUGUUUACCGUUUCAAUUAAUAGUCGAUUGAUCCGCUUCGGACCUAGGAGACAAAAAGGAGAUUAGGAAGAGACAGAAGCGGAUUCAAUGCGAAAUUUGCCAAUAUGACGAUGACCCCAAGGCGAUGGUAGGAUGAUUUUCCAUAAGAUGACAGACUAGAUGACACGACGUUACACGCUCUAAAGUUUGUAUGUAUGUAUGAAUGUAAGGCCGUAUGUAUGCAUGGAUGUGUAUAGGAGCAAUGUAUCCCUGAGCAACAUGGAAGGACAGCCUGCUAAAACGCUCAUGGGAAACCGGGUGCGUGUAGGUCGUAGGUGUGCCCAUAAAGCACUGCACACACUGUCAAGUGCAACGGUGAGACGGUAGGUGUACAGUUAAUGCACAUAGGUUGCAGAAAUAUGUUGUUGAGACAGCCCGAUUGCACACUGAUAAAUAACAAUAACAAUAACAAUAACAAUAACAAUAACAAUAACAAUAACAAUAACAAUAACAAUAACAAUAACAAUAACAAUAACAAUAACAAUAACAAUAACAAUAACAAUAACAAUAACAAUAACAAUAACAAUAACAAUAACAAUAACAAUAACAAUAACAAUAACAAUAACAAUAACAAUAACAAUAACAAUAACAAUAACAAUAACAAUAACAAUAACAAUAACAAUAACAAUAACAAUAACAAUAACAAUAACAAUAACAAUAACAAUAACAAUAACAAUAACAAUAACAAUAACAAUAACAAUAACAAUAACAAUAACAAUAACAAUAACAAUAACAAUAACAAUAACAAUAACAAUAACAAUAACAAUAACAAUAACAAUAACAAAAACAAUAACAAUAACAAUAACAAUAACAAUAACAAUAACAAUAACAAUAACAAUAACAAUAACAAUAACAAUAACAAUAACAAUAACAAUAACAAUAACAAUAACAAUAACAAUAACAAUAACAAUAACAAUAACAAUAACAAUAACAAUAACAAUAACAAUAACAAUAACAAUAACAAUAACAAUAACAAUAACAAUAACAAUAACAAUAACAAUAACAAUAACAAUAACAAUAACAAUAACAAUAACAAUAACAAUAACAAUAACAAUAACAAUAACAAUAACAAUAACAAUAACAAUAACAAUAACAAUAACAAUAACAAUAACAAUAACAAUAACAAUAACAAUAACAAUAACAAUAACAAUAACAAUAACAAUAACAAUAACAAUAACAAUAACAAUAACAAUAACAAUAACAAUAACAAUAACAAUAACAAUAACAAUAACAAUAACAAUAACAAUAACAAUAACAAUAACAAUAACAAUAACAAUAACAAUAACAAUAACAAUAACAAUAACAAUAACAAUAACAAUAACAAUAACAAUAACAAUAACAAUAACAAUAACAAUAACAAUAACAAUAACAAUAACAAUAACAAUAACAAUAACAAUAACAAUAACAAUAACAAUAACAAUAACAAUAACAAUAACAAUAACAAUAACAAUAACAAUAACAAUAACAAUAACAAUAACAAUAACAAUAACAAUAACAAUAACAAUAACAAUAACAAUAACAAUAACAAUAACAAUAACAAUAACAAUAACAAUAACAAUAACAAUAACAAUAACAAUAACAAUAACAAUAACAAUAACAAUAACAAUAACAAUAACAAUAACAAUAACAAUAACAAUAACAAUAACAAUAACAAUAACAAUAACAAUAACAAUAACAAUAACAAUAACAAUAACAAUAACAAUAAAUAUUAAAAUCAGUUCAGUUCUUGUUGUUUCACCAUCCAUAGAAAUAGUCGCUUUAAGUUGUCCUUCUAAAAAAAAUAUUCACGCCUUCAGGCUCACUGUAAGCAGUACCUAAGUGACGAUCAGCACGGCUUCACGUCUGGAUGGUCAACUGCGUCUAACCUAUUAUGUUUAACAUCCUUUUUUUUUUUUUUAUUCAAAUCAUUUAUUUGAUAAGGCACGUUGCGUUAGCUUAAAGGUGCCAAUUUUUUGUUUUACAUUUUAAAUUGCUUAAAACUAGGGGAUUACAUAUUGAUUUUUUUUAAAAUGAAACUAAUGCGAUUUUAUAGCUAUCUUAUAUAUCUACACAAGGGGAUAAUAUUGUUUUCGUAAGAUUAGGGGGGUCAUUUAGUUUUUGUGGCAAUAUGGUUUGACAUUUUUAUCAGUGAGAUUAUUGGAGCAAAUAAUGUUUAAUUAAGGGGGACAAUUUUUUACGACUAACUUAAAACUAGGCAUAACU